AUGUUGAAGAAACUUUUACCAAAUAUCUAUAAAUGUAAGAAUUUAAUAGAAGGAAGAAAUGUAUUAAUUCAUUUUGAAUAUAAAAGAAACUAUGAGGCAAACAUUACGAAAAGAAGUAUAAGGAAAUUACUUCAUUUUUUUUAUAAACAAGUUCAUCCUGAUUUAACAAGUACAUUACCAGAAGAAUUGAAAAAAAAGAAUUCAGAAUCUUUGAGUAUUUUAAAUUCAUAUAUAGAUAUAUUAAGUACUGCUGAAAAAAAUGAAGAAAACAUAUUUAUUGAGAGAAAUGUCGUAUUUUUUAAAGUUUUUGAAAAUAAAGAAAAUAAAAUAAUUCAAGGGAGAUAUAAACAUUUAGUAAUAAAAUUACACACCUUAUCAAAUAAUUUGACAGAAAAUGAGAAAGAAAAAAUUAUUGUAAAGUUAAUAUAUGAUAUAAAACAAGCUAUAGGUGGAGAUCAAGAAAAAGCAAAAGAUAAUAUAAACCAUGAUGAUUACAAAAUAUCAUUUGAUGAUGAUAAUAUAUAUAAUAAAAAAUAUGAUAGAGAGAAAAAAAAGGAUAUUAAUUUAUUAUGGGAUAAUUUAACAAAUUAUGUAAAAGAUACACAAGCUUUAUAUCAAUUAUCAGAUGAACAAGUUGAAUUAAUAAAUCAAAGAAAAAACUACUUUUAUUAUAUAAAAAAAAAAUUACUAGAAAAAUAUGGAAGAAUAAAACAUAAGAAAAGAAGGAAACUUAAAAUAGAAAAUAUUAAACAAGUUGCAAAUAAAAUUGUUCUAAUUAAAUUUCCAGAUCUUCAUCAAAAAUAUAUCAAAAAUAAUUUUGAAGAUAUAAAUAAUUUUCAUCAAAGUUAUCAAAUAAUUCAAAAUGGAUAUGAUCCAUCUUUACUAUUUUUUCAUAAAAAUUUGAAAGAACAUAAUAAAACUAUAGCUCUUCAAAAUAUAUGCGGACUAAAUUUAAAAGAUGAUGCUGAUAAGUGGCUUCUUGAAUCCUGCCUCAAACUUUUAAAAAAUCAUCCCAUACAAAUACCUAUUGUUAUUUGUGAUGAACAAAAAGAAAUUGCUUUAUCAUCAACCUUUGGAUAUAUAUAUGUCCCUUAUAACUUUUGCUUUCACGAUUUUUUCAUUUUCUUGCAAAAUAAUCUCGAUGAGGCAAGAGCUAUUAGAAAAAAG